AACGCUACACAUACACGCGGUAGCGUGUUUAACCUCAGUACUAUAGAUCUGGAUUAAUAAUAAAUGAUACGGUAUUACUAUAUUUACAUGACUGUAUGCUUGGUAUAAAAGUGAAAACACAUAGUAUCAAGUAGUGUAAGAUCAAUACGUUGUAGAGAGUUACCUUGCCGCAUUAAAUGUUUCCUUGACAGUGAUGAGGAUAAUAUUUCAAUCAUGCCAGUCUGUAUGGAAAACAAGUGCUAUAAAGACAGAGAUGUCGUUUGUGAGAGUAAGCCGCUGUACCUAUCGCGGGAUUCUCUUUUCCCUUUGUUUAACAUUGGUAACCCUGCUCUUCGCUGGAAAUCACAUAUACAAACCAGAAAAUCGGUAUACUUACGAUUUGAAUGCAGCUGUCAUGACCAAUGUAACACCGGUGAAGAGUAGCCAUGCCAGAAGAGCACAGCUGUUUCUUCAGAAAAAUAAAACGCAAGUUUUCGACUCGCGUGGAUCUGCUCGUCAUCUACAAAAUGUAAUGAACAGUCGUUCAGCGGACAAAACAAUGUACCAUAACGAAAGUAAGGCCGUCAUAGUAAAGUCUCUACAUACAGGACAUUUACCGAACAACAGUUCUCAGUCGGUAUUCGAAAGAAAACGGGAAAAAAUUAGUACAAAAAAUGACAUAACACGAGAAAACAGAGAGUGUGCGAAGAUUGUUAUCAUACUUGCUUACAUGCACACUGGUUCAUCUUACACCGCCAGAAUAAUACAGAACCAUCCUGGGACAUUUUACGAAUUCGAACCUCUGCGAAGUCUGCAGGAGAGUUCUAGACGAGGCACAUGGAUACAGUAUUUGAACGGAACAAAAAGACGAGUGUCAGGGGAGGUAAUAGACGCAAAUGUUGGAGCUGAAGCAGUAUACAACACUGUCACCUGCAAUCACCAAAAUCUUGACAUUGCUACACUAUCUACAAGUUACCUAGGUGUAGAAGCAAGCGAUAAUAGAGACAUUAAAGAUUACUUUAGAUGUCAGGGAAUACGUCCUUUCACACGGACAGCCUCAACUAGAGACCGAAGGAAAUAUCGCCCUAAUGUUAAUGAGGUCGGUCAUAGUCAAACAGGAAGGAACAUGUCAAAGCUGAAUCAUGUGAAUUUUCCAAAUGAAAGGAGACCAGUAUUUAUUAAUAGACAGCAUUGGUCAAAACGGCAAGCAGACAUUAUAAAUAGAGCCCGAAACUUACGAUUAAGCCAAACACUUCAAAAUCCAGUUGUUGAGAAAAAUAUUCAGUCUUGUUUGCCCCGCUUGAUUGACAGAUGCAGGAACGCAACCACCCGACUGACAAAAUAUAUUAGAAUGACCAUGGAAAUGGUGGAAGGACUGCUUGAUAAAGUUGGAAAUCUUCGCGUGAUACAUUUAUUAAGAGAUCCAAGAGCAAUGAUGGAUUCACAGUUACGGAAAAAUGAUAUGAAUGUCAAGUCAUUUCCAGUUUUUCAGAGAAGAACUCGGUAUAUGUGUACACGCAUGAACAUGGAUCUAGACAUUGCUGAAAAACUUAAGAAAUCAUAUCCUGGUCAGAUAUUUACUUUACGUUACGAGGACUUGGUUGACGAUCCAUUGAAAACCAGUCAAAAAUUAUUUAAUUUCAUAGAUAUUCCAUUUACGUCGGCUGAUAAGAAGUUUAUAACGUCUACCAGUAUAGAAACAGUAAAAGAUUCCAAAUACAGAGCAAGCGUUUGGAGAAGCCAUAUAACAUCAGAGCAUCUAAAUGUUGUUAAUAGAUACUGUUACAAAUUAUAUAAUACAUUAGGCUACAUUAGUUUCGAACAUAUUUCUGACGUUAGAGAUUUGAAAUUACCUGAUCAUUUUCCAAAAGGUAAUAUAAUAUCUAGUCUAACGAAUGGAAAAGGGCACAAUUGAUUUUGUAUUAAUAUUGUAUAAUAGUUGGUUUUACUUAAGGUUUUAAAUCUCAUGCGGGUACAAAAGGUUUGAAAGUUUGUCUUCAUAGCGCCAACAAUCGAGUUUGAAGACAGCACAAUUCAAAUAUUUUUUUUCGAUUUAGGUAUAUUUUUUUGCACGUUGGGAGAACUUUAAAUGUUUCAUUGCGGUGCCUUGUCUUCUUUUGUUUUGUUGUUCGUUUCUUAAAAUAGAAUGAAAUAAUAUCUUCCACAAGACAUGAGCAGUAUCUAAUAAAAAUCAGAUGCACUAUUAUCAGUUCAUCACUGUCAUUCUGUCGUAUGACCUAUUUAGCCUAAUCAAAGAAGGAAUAGGAUAAGCCUUGCAAUGAGUGGGUUUUGUAAAAUGUAUAUGGAAGUGUUUGUCAAAGACAUUGGACGAUCAUUUGAAUAUAAAAUUGAAGAGAGUUAGUAAACUCGACAGACUUACACAUGUUUGAUUUUUGAAAACAAGGAACCUAAUGCAAUGAAGGUAAAUAUGUUUCGCUCAUGACUGCACAUACAUAAAAGAUAAGUGACGCAGUCUUUACCAGAGAAUGUUAACGGCUAUUUUAACAUAUGGCAGUUGAAUGCUAUAUAUGAUAGCAUACAGGCGCUAGGCAUCCAGCAAUCAGGGCAAACCUUUAGUUAAGAAGACAUGUAUGCCGUUAAUUCAGUUAUGGACUCUGUGAUCUAAAAAGACAGAAAAACAUGGCUGGACUAUUGUGUGUUUUAAAAAUGCACCAGGAGGUAACAUAUUUGGCACCAGUAUAUUAUCUCGGUAUGAUGCUAGCAACUUUGUGAAACUCUUCUUAUUUUAAACCCAAAUGAAAAGACUAAUUUCUGAAAUGAGUCUUGUAUGCUUUUAUAUACAAGUAUCGUAUAUUUGUGUGAUAGGCGAUUUUUAUGAUUUAGCUUGAGCACAGAUAAUUGUUUUUCUUAAUAGUUUUAAUCACAGGUCAUUUACACACAUGUCCGUUGUUGCUAAUUUGAGAGAUAAGAAAAUGAAAUAGCAUUGCAAUAUUUGUUUCAUAAAAAUGGAAUAGUUUCUAAUUUGUCUUCUCUGUUUGAUUCGAACUUCUUAAUUGGCUAUACUAUUAUUUACAAAUGCGUUUUAAGUUGUUAGAUGUUAGUAUUGAGGGUCCUUCUUAAAACAACUAGUAAUUGAGGUUAAAAUUUCCUGAUGAAAUAUGAACAGACAGUUUUGUCAGAGUGAGUUAUGUCAACAUGUAGCAUUGUUUUGUUGUUCAAUGAUACAAUAUACUCAAGGCAGCAAAAGUAUUAGACCUAUGUAACAUAGCAUUCUGAUGAACUAUGUAGCCUGUGAUAAUUGAUGUAUAAUUGUCCUUGAUGUAAAAAUUAAACUGUUUUCAUUUUCCACUCUAUCUUUAAGUGUAAGAGAAAUAAACUAACAUAUAUAUG